UAGUUGCCUAUUGCAGAUGGGAAGGUAGCAAGCCUCUAAUAAGAACGCCACACAUAACGGCAGGGCGGUCACACAUCUCUCCCUUCAUAGUCUCUUUUGCGCGCCCUUUUUCUCUCAUAACCUCUUUCUCUCUCGCUUCCUCGGUCACGCGAAGCCUUCCCCUGCCUUGCGCGCUCCCGUCUCCUCCCAUUUCCUUUCCAGACGAACCCUCCCACGUGUCAAAGCCCAACCAAUCAGCGUGAACGCACAGAGAGAUCCGGAUUUGACCGGUCGAAAUCCGGACCGGGUAUAAAAGCAGAGAGCAGCGCUGGGAUUCAUUUCAUUCGCUGGAAGAGACGUUGCAUCGAUUUGUCUUAGUUUUUUGCUUGUGUGAGCAACCAGAACAUCAACAAUGCCCAAAAGAAAGGCUGAAGGAGACUCCAAAGUGGAGAAGAGUAAAGGAAAAGAUGAGCCACAGAGAAGAUCUGCACGUUUAUCUGCUAAACCUGCCCCCCCAAAGGCCGAGCCAAAACCCAAAAAGGCAGCAGCUCCAAAGAAGGCUGACAAAGCUCCCAAAGGCAAGAAAGGAAAGGCAGAUUCUGGAAAAGAUGCCAGCAAUGCUUCAGAAAACGGAGAGGCAAAGUCAGAUCAGGCACAGAAAGCUGAAGCUUCUGGGGAUGCCAAGUGAGCUGUGUGAAUUUUGAUAACUGUGUACUUCUGUUGACUGUACAGUUUGAAAUACUAUUUUUUAUCAAGUUUUAUAACAAUGCAGAACUUUGUUUUACUUUUUAUUUUACGCUAUGUUGGCACAUUAUGCUUUUAUGGGAUUGUUUUAUUUAAAGGGAGUGGAGUUGCAGUUUGAUCUUUGCUUGGUUUUAACAGCUGCUUUAAGCCUCACUCAUCUUUAUAUUCCCUCCAUGAAAUUGACAUGAUGUUUUAACUGUCCAAUAUUAAGAUAAGCAGCUAAAGAUUUGAAGUCCUCAGUGCUCAUGGUCAGUGGUUUCAUAGCCAGUAGCUUUGACAAUGAGUCCUGUCUGUCUCCAUCCUUAUGAAAUGUGAAGCAUCCACUUUUUUUUUUUUUUUUUUCUGGUUAAUGUUGAUGGUUUUUAUAGUGAAAUGAAUUCUGGGGUUUGGCAAAGUGGCCUUUUUAUCAUGUUUUGUCCUGCCUGAUUUGCAUUGCCUGUUAAUUAAAAUUGGAAAUAAAUUUCAGACUGUUUGCUGAG